AUGGAAGAGUCCACAGAACAAAAACGAUGGAGAGAUCCAUUUGCAGGCGAGCCUCCUAGCGAUCCAAGCCGAACACUGCAGGUGAUUGGGGCUGGAUUGCCUCGCACAGGCACCAUCUCCCUUACCCUUGCGUUGACAUGGGCGCUGCAUGGCGAUGUGUGCCACGGAGGCUCUGCUUGUCUCCGUGGAAAAGAGCGUACGCAUCCAACCCCCCUCUUCCCCCCUAUUGAAGCAGGACACCUUGAAUUGAACUGGGAUUCUUCCCUAAUAGACAUCAUCAAAGGAUGGACCAAGGCAUUGGAUCCUCCCAAGGGUACUCCGCAAGAAGAGGUCGACAAGACCCUCAAAGAUCUACUUGCAGGCUACGUCGCAACGACCGAUGCGCCGGCCAUCUUUUUCGUCGAAGAAUUAGUGCGGCUCUAUCCCGACGCAAAGGUUGUGUGUACGACUCGUGAGCCCACCCGGUGGUGGGAAAGCUACCAGGAGCUCAUCAACACCCUGGACAAUCCUCUAUUCAUCUUGCUUCAAUUGGUGCAACCGACGCUACGGUAUUCGCUCGCUUGGAAGCUGGCCAUCUUGAAGCGCAGGCGACAGAUUUACCCUGCCGAGUUUGAGCCUCUGGGUCCUCAUUUCAUGGAGAUUCAUUCAGACUACCUCAAGCGAGUGGUUCCCCAAGACCGAUUGCUGUUCUUCAAUAUGAAGGAUGGCUGGGAGCCACUGUGCAAAUUUUUGGACGUGCCUAUCCCUGACAAGCCAUUCCCUCAGGUCCAUGAUCGGGCCUCCAUGAAGUCCAGCUGGGCGCCAUAUUGGUGGAAAGGAGCCGCGAUCUGGCUCACGAUUCUGGCUGCCGGCUACGGAUUGAGUCAGGCCGUCUCCUACGCGAGAGUCCGGAUGCAUUAG